CUGUGUGAGGAUUCGCUCUCCUUAUUCUUUCCUAGUUUGUCUACUUCUCCCUACUCCGAUUUCCCUCCGCAUUCCUUCAAAUUCUCGAUUCUUCCCUGUCUCCGUCAUCCCUCUCGUUCCCGGUUUUUACCUCAACACUCUUUGCGCUCGUGAUCCCUCGCUCCAUCUGAAUUUCCCCCACCCUUUUUAUGCUGACUUCCCUCCUCUUCCGCUAUUUUAUUACACUCCGUUUUUCUUCUUCUUCGUGCUCACCGGUUUUGAUGUCCCGUGUCCGCUAGGAAAGAGGAUAAAGGAACUAAAUUUACGCGUUUAUGCCGGUGUACCCCAGGCUCUCUCGGAGAAUCAGCGCGGGCAAUUUUGGGUAAAUUAGGGCUUUGGGUAUUUUUCUUCACAUUUAGCAGCCCGGGAAGUGGUCUCUCGUUUCCAUGGGUAACAUUGGAAGUAGUAGCGUUAAUAACAACCGCCGUAGGCACAGCGCAAGUGGGAGACGGAGUCAUCCGCCUCCCCCUCCGCCGGUGACCCCACAGCCGGAAAUCACGGCCAACCGAUUCGUCUAUCCUCCCGCUCCGCCCUAUCCAUCGCAAUUCUCAAACACGAAUCCCCCACCGUAUUACCAGUACCCAGGUUUCUAUCCCCCACCUCCAACGACUAUGCCGGUUCCUCUGCCACCUCCGUACGAUCAGCAUCAUCGCAUGGGGUCUCAUCCGCCUAUGGACCCGGCAUGGAUGGGCGGACGUUACCCUUGUGGCCCUGCAAUGCCUCCGCCCGCGCCCUACGUGGAGCAUCAGAAGGCGGUUACGAUCAGGAACGAUGUUAAUAUUAAGAAGGAGACUCUGAGGAUUGAGCCCGAUGAGGAAAAUCCGGGGCGGUUCCUUGUGGUAUUCACAUUUGAUGCCACUGUGGCCGGGAGCAUCACCAUACUUUUCUUUGCAAAAGAAGGUGAUGGCUGCAUUCUUACGCCGACAAAGGAAAAUCUUCUAGCACCUGUAACCGUGCAAUUUGAGCAAGGUCUUGGCCAGAAGUUUAGGCAGCCAGCUGGAACUGGUAUUGACUUUUCGAUGUUUGAGGAAUCGGAAUUGUUAAGAAGUGACAUGGAUGUUUACCCUCUAGCAGUAAAGGCAGAUGCAUCCUCUGGUAAUCAUGAAGGAUCAAAUGAAACUCUUACAUCUGGUGGCACAAACUCUCAGGUUACUCAAGCAGUCUUUGAGAAAGGGAAAGGAGAGUUCCAAGUGAGGGUAAUCAAGCAGAUCUUGUGGGUGAAUGGGAUGAGGUAUGAGUUGCAGGAGAUAUAUGGUAUUGGAAACUCAGUGGAGAAUGACUUCGAUGGAAAUGACCCAGGGAAAGAGUGUGUCAUCUGCUUAUCGGAGCCUCAGGAUACAACUGUUCUGCCCUGUCGACACAUGUGCAUGUGUAGCGGAUGUGCGAAAGUUCUGAGGUUCCAGACAAACAGGUGCCCGAUUUGCAGACAGCCAGUUGAGAGGCUUUUGGAGAUAAAGAUCAACAACGGGCCUGAAGAGACAACAAUGUAAGCGUGUAAAGAUUCCUGUACAGUACAGCCCACCGUUAUAAGUGCUUCUCCUCCAUCCUAUUUCCAUGAUUUGCCCCCUGCGUCUUUUGGCUUUAACAAUAAUUGAAAUGGAAAUGAUACGCGGUUUAACGCACGGGAUGGUAUUGCGCAUGGCCUAUAUUAUAUGAGACUGCCCCCGCCAUGAUUGUUUGGCUUUGCUUCCAAAUGUUUUCCCAUGGAAAUAAAUAACAAUUGGUGUUUUUCUUUGGGUGACUGUAGUUUGUUCCACACAUAUUUUGUAGUGUUUCAAGUGUUGAUAUCCUAGUUUGAUUUAGUCA